AGGUGUCCACAAAUAUCCAUUUCGUUGUCCUUCUGCCGCCAUUUCAGCCACCUCGCAACGAAGAACCUGCGAAACUGUGGAAGGAAGUCGUCGGAGCUCAUACGCCACAUCACAGAGAGCUGCUUUUUAGACGUUAAAUUUUCUGUCGGGCUAAAGAAGAGUUGAAAAUGUCGACUGAAGCUGCACCAGAGAAGGCAGGCCCAGGAAACGCAGUUAACGGGAAGGCCGGCCACGAGUCCAGGAAGGAGCGGACAACAAAACGCGGAGGCGGCAGAUUUGAGCCCUAUGGAAACCCCUCCAAGAGAUACCGUGUUUUUGUGAGCAACAUUCCCUAUGAUGUCAAAUGGCAGGCACUGAAAGACCUCAUGAAAGACAAAGUGGGUGAGGUAACGUACGUGGAACACUUAAUGGACGCGGAAGGCAAAUCAAGGGGUUGUGCGGUGGUUGAGUUCCGAACCGAAGAACUAAUGAAAAAGGCUGUGGAGAAGGUCAACAAACAUGUAAUGAACGGCCGUCCACUGAAAGUGAAAGAGGACCCAGAUGGAGUGAUUGCCCAGCGCGAAGCCCACAGGGCUCAAGGUGGUGGCGGCGGCGGUGGUGGAGGACCUCCUGGUGGCAUGGGUGGUGGGAUGGGUAUGGGACCUGGGCCUGGUGGUCCCCCUAUGGUGAACAUCCCUCCAAGUCUCAUGAACAAUCCAAAUAUUCCCACUGAAAUCCUCCACGGCCUCCAGGCUGGCAAGAUUGGAAGCACUGUCUUUGUAGCAAAUCUUGAUUAUAAAGUGGGCUGGAAAAAGCUGAAAGAGGUGUUUGGCAUGGCUGGGGUGGUUGUCCGUGCUGAUAUCCUUGAGGACAAGGAUGGCAAGAGCAGGGGUAUGGGGACGGUCACCUUUGAGAUGCCCAUUGAAGCAGUUCAAGCAGUCUCUAUGUUCAAUGGACAGCUCCUGUUCAAUCGAACAAUGCACGUUAAGCUGGAUGAGAAGUCCUUGCCAAAGGGUGACUUUGCACCACCCGAGAGACCACCUGCAUUACCUCGUGGUCUGAGUGGAAUAGGUCUGGGACUAGGACCUGGUGGGCAGCCCAUUGAUGCUGCACAGCUUAACAGAGGUGGUGGUGGUGGUGGUGGUGGAGGUGGGAUGGGCAAUAUGGGGCCUGGAGGAAUGGAUGGAAUGGGAUUUGGUGGCAUGAGUAGAAUGGGAGGAAUGGAUAAUUUUGGAGGUGGAAUGAACAACAUGGAUCGGUUUGGGCCUUCAGGAAUGACACGUAUGAAUGAUAUGGAUCGUGGAAUUGGCGCUGCUUUUGACAGAGAAUUUGGUGGUCGUAAUGAGAUGGGCAUGUCCCGUAACAACUUUGGAGACUCCUUUGACAGAGGAAUGGGUAGCAGUUUGGGUAUGGAUCGUAUGAGCUCUAGUAUGGACAGGCUUGGUGCCACCAUGGAUCGCAUGGCUGGCCUGGACCGCAUGGGGAUGGACCGGAUGGACAGAGUCUCUGAUCUGGACAGGCUGGGUUCUGGCUUUGACCGUAUGGGCUCGGGCUUGGACCGGCUGGGGCCCAAUAUGGACAGGCUAGGAUCUGGCCUGGACCGUAUGAGCUCCAGCAUGGACCGCCUGGGUCCUGCUGGCUUUGACCGGCUGGGUCCCUCCAGCCUUGAUCGCAUGAGUUCAGGCAUGGAUUUCUCCUCCCCCAUGGGGAUGGACAGAAUGAACGCCAGCCUUGACCGCAUGGGCUCCAAUUUUGACCGCAUGGGCUCUGGUGGGCUUGACCGCUUCCCUGCCCCAGGCAUGGACCGCAUGGGCUCCAGUCUGGACCGCAUGAGUUCUGGUGGUGUGGGAGGCCAGUUUGACAGAGGUGCAGAUAUGGAUCGUGGUAACUUCGGCAGCUUCGGUUCGGCAGGACUAGGAGGGCCAGGAUCCGGAGCAAAUGCCAGAAAAGGCUGUCAGAUCUUUGUCAGAAACCUGCCCUUUGAUUUUACUUGGAAGAUGCUGAAGGAUGCCUUCAAUUCAUGUGGUAUUGUGCAGUAUGCUGACAUCAAGAUGGAGAAUGGCAAGUCCAAGGGCUGCGGUGUGGUUCGCUUCGACAGUCCUGAAACAGCAGAGCGGGCUUGCCGCACUAUGAACGGAUAUCGGCUGAACGGCAGAGAGAUCGACGUGAGGAUCGACAGAAACGCAUAAUCCUCCAGUGAUGCCGUCCCAGAUCUGCUUCCUCCAGCUUUUGAUGAUUUUGUUCUUUACAUUUGUACUAGUGCAAAAAUGUUGUUUUAGUUUUUGCCUGCUUAAAACCUUUUUUAGAGACCAAACUUUUAUUUUUUUCUUUCUUACCCUCCCCACUUUUAUUGUUAUGCUUUUCAGAAAUGGCCUUUGUUAAAGGCUUAUCAAUAAACCUGAAAUGUAGACAAUA